AUGAGUGCAGACCCUCUCCUACCCAUCGCCCCGGCGAGGGUCAAGGCACUCGUCCUCCCAGUCGGCCGCAUCAAGCGCCCGCGCUUCGCCUCUUUCGUCGAGAGGUUCAACAGCGAACAUGUCGUGCACCUCUGCGACAUCACGCCCGACGGGCGGCCGAACCGGAGUAUGCAUCCCCGCGAUGACUCUGUACGGUACAGGAACGCUGACGACUCGUUUGCAGACAUGUUCUCGCCCUUGGCCUUCCCGGACGGCGCGAUAUUCUACGAGCUCGUGACCCACCUGCCUCCGCCCUCACAUCUCGCGCUUUCGCCCUUUGAUCACUAUAGGGAACCCCUCGUUGUGAUCGCGGUAGCAGACGGCACAGAGCUAGGGAGCUCGGUCUUCAGCAAGAGGCAUUCAGGCGGAGGGCGGUCGCCAGAGGAACGAAACAUACGCAACCUCGAACAGGAUCUCGAAGACCUGCGGGAUGCAUACCCCAAAGUGCUGGUGCACCAGCUCGUGAUAUUCGACUAUGAAGCUCCCGAGGACAGCCCGAUACAUAUACCGGAGGGCCUUGCCACUAUUCCUCCACCGGAGAAGUGCAAGAGGACGACCAUGAAGACCCUGGUCUGCAAUAUAUCGUCGCUUUUGUUGGCCGAGAUGACCGGGGCCGCAAAGUCCUUCGAGGCGAUGUCCUAUAUCGAGUCGCCGGGGCAGUCCUCGUCAGCUCGCCAUAUGAACGGAAAGUCGUGGCAGGGUGACGAUGCAGGGUUGUCGCGGCGCAACUCGCAACACAGCCUUCCGACGAAUACCCGGUCCAGCUCGGCGAGCGGAGUGGCAGACCAUCGCAUGUCGAUGCCUGUGCCUCCCAAGGGCGCGCCGUUCGGUUCAACUAACUCGUCGCCGGGCAGGCCUUCCACCCCGGUGAAGAGCGGUCUCUCUAACCCGCCGACGACAUUUGACGACAUGACCAAUGGGACUCACACGGAGCCGUCGAGCCCAGACCACGGCGUGCCACACCGUCCAAUGGCCGACGACGGCUUCAGGACGCAAAGUCAGGACCGAGUCACGGUGCAGGGGUUUGGGCCAGGCGGCCUCAACGAAAGAUGGAGGAACAAGGGCAAAGGGAGAGUGCUGAUUGUCAUGGGCUCCCUCUACCUGCAAGCAGGACGAUGGACCGACGCCCUGAAGGAGCUCAUUGAGGGAGCCGCCGUUGCCAAGUCUAUCAAUGACCAUCUCUGGCACGGCAAGGCUCUCGAGCUGAUCGUCAUUUGUCUGCUCUUACUGGGUUGGAAGGGCAUCGAGUUCACAAUCCCGAGCAUCUGUCUCCCUCCGGCAGACAAGCCCACAACAUCCGCGACGCAGCUGCAAGAGGCAGAGAAGAUGGACCCGGAGCAACCCAAGUGGCUUCGCAACUUGCAACUAAUCCUGCCCGACCUUCUCGAGCGCAAUCUGGCUCUGUACUCUAGGAUAUCUGCAGAGCAUCUGCCGCCCCUGCCAUUGGCAGAGACGACCAUCAGGUUUUGCAAGAUCCUGUCGGCACUCCACCUGGCCGAUGGGAAAUUGGGCGAUGACUUUCUCAAGAUGGUCGUACUUGGCCAGUACCCGGCCAAGCAGCUGACGAGCUCACCGCGAGUGACGGUAGUUCCACCACGGACUAGUAUCGUGAAUAUGCUCUUCAAGGCAUUCCCCAUUUCGGCCACCGAACUACUGACUACCGUCGAUCGUAUCGUCAUAUUGAGCGGUAUUGCCUCGGUUCUCAACGUCCUUGGCUUCCAGAGGAAGAAGGCCAUGGUUGUCCGCGAGCUUGUAUCUAUCUUGAUAGGGGGGCUGGCAGAAGCACGGACUAGAGGUGCAGCUGAAGUCGGUAUUCAUCCUGCCGCAGGUCUUGUCUCACUGAACAACCUAGGCGCGGGAGGGGGCGGGAGUGGCUCAGUUGCAUUGCAGCUCGGGGAGGGCGAUACUGAGCAGGGCAUGGACGCAUUCCUCGGGCUUCUGCUGAAGACCUAUGGAGUCAUCGAAUUCGACUCUGGGGCGGUAACUGAUGACGAUUCCGAUGCAUCAGCCAUCACGAGGAUACAGAGGCAGUCGAUUGCAAGAGCGUUCGGUAUGCGGAGCGUCAAGCUCAACAUCCUCCGCGCCUGCAUCAACUUCUCCGAGGCUCUCCCCGACUUCCAAGGGGUGCUGAAGUUCUCAAGCGAUUUGCUGAGAACCGCAGGCAGUGGAGUCGCUCCGGGACCGCGCCGAGAAGAUGCCUCGCCGGCCAUCACCAGGGACGAGCAGGUCCGGCUGGCCACAAACAUAUCCAAGACGUCUAACCUGUCCAAGAGGCUCGGCCUUGGCCACCUGACUGCAGAGUACUGGGAUGAGUUCCUCCUGAGGGGUGUCAAACUCGAGCCUCUCCCUGCCGUGCGCACGCCAGUGGAGCACAAGAAGAGCGAGCUGGCAGGGGCGUCAACUGCACGAACCUCGCAGGAUGUCGACCCCUUCAUCCACAACCCUUUCUUGAAGCAGCCGAGUAGAGCUGCCCAGAGCCAGACCCUGGUUGCCGAGGAGGCUGCAGUGUUCAAGCUCACCUUGCAGAAUCCCUUUGAGGUCGAGGUGGAUGUUGAGAGCGUGCGACUGUGUACGGAGGGUGUCGAGUUCGAGUCGGCAAUUGAGAGCACGACUAUUGGCGCAUACCGCACCCAGCUCCUUAAGAUCUCCGGGACGCCAAAGGCGGCGGGGUCUCUGCACAUCACGGGAGCCAUUGUCAAGAUACGUGGCUGUCGAGAGCGGCGGUUUCCCAUCUUCCCCCAAGCGUGGGCCCCCGAGAAGUCGACCAAAAUCAAGGCGAUCGGCCUGGCUUCUCUCGAUCGAGAGCUCUCUGCUCCUGCCUCGGCCGAGGGGUUGCCACUCAAGACUGAGCACCUGAGCUUGAACGUUAUCGCCGAGCAGCCUACUGUAGUGGUCAAGUCUACCACCCUCGCUCAGUCUUCGGUUAUGAUCCUGGAGGGCGAGCGGCAGCUCUUCUCUGUCACACUGGAGAACCUGUCCGAGACUACACCCGCUGAUUUCCUUCUCUUUUCCUUCCGGGACUCAACCCAGGAACCAUUGCAGACGGCCCUGGCAAAGCGCGACGCCACGCCAGCCGAGCUAUACGAGUACGAGCUCAUCUUGGCCAAGAAGCAGGCUCUGCGUAUCCGCAAAGGCAAGGAGAGAAAACGCUUUAUCGGCCCUGGGGAGACCGCCACCUUUGAGUUUGAGAUCCUGGGCAAGCCUGGGCUCACGAAUGGUGUGAUACAGGUUGACUACGCCUACCUGGGCAUGUCACCGGACGAGCUCUCGACGGCCAAAUUCUACACGCGCCAGGUGUCGCUGCAGCUCACCAUAACUGUGAACGCAAGCGUGGAAGUCGCAAGGAUGGACAUUUUACCCCUGCACGGCAGCAUCCCGCGACCGCUGUGGGCUCGCGGUGGGUACAAAGACGGGCAGAGCAAGGACUUCACUGCCGAAGAUUACUGUCUUUUGCUGCUCGACCUGCGCAACGCGUGGCCUAGUAACAUGCAUGUUCAGCUCGAAGGCGAUGACGGGGCACUGGUCGAGGAGCAUAUCCUCCCAGGUAACUCUAGUCGAGUCAUGGUGCCCCUGAAACGGAUCUACCUGGAGGAUCCGCAUGCUCCCAUCCCGGCGCUGAACCCUUCGCGGCAACGGCAGUUCGUGGUCAGCACUGGCAAGAUCUCGCCGGACAUGGAACGGGCGAACCGGGAGUCCUUCUGGUACCGAGAGAAGAUCUUGGACAGUCUCAAGGGGACCUGGAAGACGACGUCCGGCGCGAGCAGGACCGGAAGCGUCGAGCUCAGGAGCAUGAGGUUGACAGCGCCGAUGAUUGAGGCCAUCAAGAUUGACGAAGUCGGCAUCGAUAUCUCUGUCGGCGAUAGCCCGACACAGGACCCCUCGGGCAAGAGCGUCGCCUACGUGGACGAGUUCACACAAGUCAAGGUGCACAUUACGAACCGGACGGAGCAACCUAUCUACCCGACCGUGCGGCUCAUACCGGCGCUCUGCCACCGGCCCCUCAAUGUUGCGCUCGACUUCACACGCAAGAUCGCAUGGAACGGGAUCGUGCAGCAGAGCUUGCCUCUGCUCGAGGCCAAGAGCAGCACGGACGUCACUAUCGGGAUGACAGUCUUGUGCAGAGGCGAGUUCGAGAUCACGGCGUCGGUGGAGGAGACGCGGCUCUGGAUACCCCGGACAGAGGCGGAGGAGAAGAGGAGGCAAUCUACGCGCCCGCGGUCCGAGACGGAGACGAUGAUGGACGCGGCGCUGGGAGCAAGGGAGAGGCGGGUGUGGCACACUAGACAGCCUUGUCUUUUGAUGGCCAGGGACCGGGAGUGA